AUGGGUGUGCUACAACCAAGAGCUCGGCGCGACUCGCGCGCCUCUGCCCUGUCACAUCGCAAUUGGGGCUUCGAUCGAGAUGCAGACCUCCCCAUCGCGGCCUCCUCCCCGGUGGAACACGCAAACCUGGGCAGCUCCCCCGGUGCCGGCAUGGAGCCCUCGAGCUAUAACGGCUCGAGUGUGCGGACGCCCAGUCGCUCGUUCUACCACCGUUCCUUCAAUACAGCUACUGACUCAGCGCACUAUGCGACAAACGGCCUACGAGAGCAGACCGCAGAGCUUGCAAUUUACGGUCUGUCAUUAAAUAAGAAACCCUCGCGCGGUCGAACGAGCUUGCCUCCCAGCCUAGACAUCUUCCGAGAGCAACACCGCCAACAUCCCUCCGCCCCGGAGAGUGCACAGGAUGCCAUCGCAAGCUCCUAUCCGACGGUAGGAGAGUCUUCGAUCGGGUCGGGCUCUAUUCCCGCGGACCCUACCUCCUCCUUUUCGGUCUUGACCGACAUGAUGCGCCACACAUCCCCGGAUCCGGUGGAUGACUAUUCCAAACCUACUGAAGAGACACCCUUCCCGCCGCUACCGACUAUUUUGGAUGAGCCGGAACCCCGGGAUUCGGAGCGGACUUCUUUGCUGUCUAAGGCUCGAUCCAGAUCUCCACAUGGCUAUGGUGCGGUCGAGGAUAUUGAGAAUCAGGGUAGGACGACUCACCGGCCAGCGAAAUCCUUCACCAAAGGAACCGCUGGUUUGGCAAAGUGGUCUCGGAUCCUGGCAAAUCCGAAAUCAUGGGAUAGGCGUGCCAUAUGGCGUGAGGGCGUGGUUCAGCCCGUCAGUCUGAUCCCGGCUGUCCUGCUCGGCCUUCUUCUGAACAUCCUCGAUGCCCUAUCUUACGGAAUGAUCCUCUUUCCACUAGGAGAACCACUAUUUGCCGACCUUGGCGCGGACGGAAUAUCGAUGUUCUACGUCAGCACCAUUCUCUCUCAGGUCGUAUUCUCCUGUGGAGGCUCGAUCUUCAAAGGAGGAAUCGGAAGUGAAAUGAUUGAGGUUGUGCCAUUCUUCCAUCAGAUGGCGUUUGCUAUCAUGAACCGGGUCGGUAAAGACAACCCCCAAUCGGUACUCGCAACCACGAUUUUGGCUUUCUCGGUCAGCUCCGUGCUCACUGGUCUGGUCUUCUUCCUGAUGGGUAUUUGCGGGCUCGGUUCGCUAAUUGGGUUCUUCCCUCGACACAUCCUUAUCGGCUGCAUUGGUGGCGUUGGCUACUUUCUCCUUCAAACCGGAGUCGAGGUUUCCGCCCGGCUGCCUGGCUCUCUCGAGUACAACCUCAAUACUCUGAAGAUACUUUUCCAUCUCGAUACCUUUCCUCUCUGGAUAAUCCCCUUGUCCCUCGCGGUUGGUCUUCUUGCUUUGAAGCAUUUCGUACGGUCAAAUUUUUUGGUUGGUGGUUAUUUCGUUGCGGUGGCAGUGUUAUUCUACGUCAUCGUUCUCGGUGCCAGCAUUUCUAUGGAUUCUUUGCAUCAGAAAGGAUGGGUCUUUGACGCGCCUUCGUCCAAUAAUCCUUGGUACCAUUUCUAUACCCUUUAUGAUUUCUCUGCGGUCGAUUGGACUGCUUUUGCCGAUACAAUCCCGGCCAUGUUUGCGCUGACCUUCUUUGGAGUUCUUCACGUCCCUAUCAAUGUCCCUGCACUUGGCAUCUCUACCGGAGAAGAUAACCUCAAUGUGGAUCGAGAGCUUAUGGCACACGGUGUAACUAAUGCCCUCUCCGGAUUUGCGGGGAGCAUUCAGAACUAUCUCGUUUACACAAAUAGCUUGCUUUUUAUUGCGAGUGGUGGAACUUCUCGCCUGGCUGGUCUGAUGCUGGCUGCUGCCACUGCAGGGAUCCUGGUCAUCGGCCCCGUGAUCAUUGGCUUCAUCCCAGUCAUGGUUGUGGGCGCUCUGAUUUUCCUAUUAGGCAUUGAGUUGCUGCAGGAGGCAUUGGUAGACACUUGGGGCAAGCUUUCGAAGCUUGAGUACCUGACGGUGGUCAUCAUUGUUGCCACCAUGGGAGCUGUUGAUUUCGUGAUGGGUAUCUUGGUUGGCAUUAUCCUAGCAUGCGUCAACUUUGUGGUUCAGACCUCUCGCAAGUCUGCCAUCCGAGCAACAUUCUCUGGAGAAAUUGCGGGCUCAACGGUUCGGCGCCCUCCCAUCCAACAGCAGUUCCUGCACGAAGCUGGACAGCAGACCUUCAUCGUGAAGCUCGGUGGUUAUCUCUUCUUCGGCACAAUUGUCAGUGUCGAGAAUACCAUGCGGGGGUUGAUUGAAGAGGAAGCGUUCAAGCAGCAACCCAUUCGCUUCUUGAUUUUGGAUUUCUCGCGUGUCUAUGGAUUGGACUUCUCGGCCGCCGAGGCAUUUACACGCAUCAACCGCAUUCUUCGCAAGCGCAAUGUCCAAACAACCAUCUCUGGUCUCAAUGUCGAAGGUGACGUCGGCAAAAGCCUUCAGAACGUGGGCCUUUUCGAACCCGAUUCUGGGGUACCAAUUUUCGAAGAUCUCAACUCAGCCCUUGAGUUCUGCGAGAACGACUAUUUGAAGAUCUUUUACAACCGCCAAGAAGCUCUCAUCCAGACACCGACCGGACCUCUUACCCCUAAUGACGAUAAUCAUCUCCAAGUCCCGGUGCCCGUCCCACCAACAUCUCACCCCAGCCUCACAGACAACAUAGUCAGCUCGCCACGGGGCCAUUUCCUCCAGCGGGCCGCAACAACCACAAUCCGCGAACAUGAGCAAGAAACAGCCCUCAUGGCCGCCCCAGCCUGGUCUGCCAUGCGUCAACCUCUCCCACUCCUCCUCCAAACCUUCCAAGGCCUCUCAACCGAGAACGAAGACUUCUGGUUCCCUGUCUGCGCCUACUUCUCACGCCAGUCCUUCCCCACCGGCACAAUCCUCUACCACGAAGGCGAUGUCCCACGUGCUUUCUAUCUUCUCGAAUCAGGCAUGCUGCGCUGCGAGUACGAUCUACCGCAAGGUCGGUACUUUGAGCUUGUCGUCGCGGGCCGGCCCUGCGGCGAACUGCCAUUCUUCAGUGACACGCGUCGUACGGCAACAGUCAAGGCCGAGCAUGACUGUGUCGCUUGGUGUCUGAGUGACGAGCGCUGGAAAGAAAUGCAAGAGAAAGAGCCACGGAUUGCGCGGGAAUUGUUGACUGUCAGCUUGAAGUUGACUACGGAGAGGAUGGACAGUAUCACUUCGUACGUGCUGACGAUGGCUGCUUGA